GCUUUGGCCUCCGGCUGGCGGGGAUUCCAGGGCCUGCGGGACUGGAACGCCGUCUGGCAGGGCUGGCAUCCAGCGGACGCGGGCUGUGCACGCGAGGGUUCUCGCGGGCCGGGCGGAGGCUGGAGCCGAGACCCCGGAUCUCGAGCCCCGGAGCCCUCGGGCUGGGUCGGAGAGGCCCGGCGAGCGGCGGCGACGGCUAAGGAGCGGCGGGGCCCGGUCCCUACCGUCUGCAGCGCACGACACGGUGAAGCCUCGGGAACGACGCUGGCCUGAAGGGAUCUUGUCCCGUAGGCCCAGAGCUGGCUCCUCGGGCCCAGAGGCCUCGGGAGGCGGAGAGGAGGGACUCGGCGAGAGUAGCGCUCCGCAGGAGCAGUCCCCGGCCGGAGCCUGGGGAGCCCGGAGCCGGUCAGCGAGUCUCGAAGAGGUCCACCUCUGCUUUCACAGUCCUGCAGGUUAUUCCGAGAGCAGCGGAAAAUGAAUCAAUCUCUGGGGUCAGUGUCAUUCAGGGACGUGGCCGUGGACUUCACACAGGAGGAGUGGCAGCACCUAGACCCUGAGCAGAAGACGACCUACAGGGACGUGAUGCUGGAGAACUACAGCCACCUCAUCUCUGUGGGGUGUCACAUUAUCAAACCGGAAGUCAUCACCAAAUUGGAGCAAGGAGAAGAGCCGUGGGUGGUGGAAGGAGAAUUCCUGCUUCAGAGUCACUCAGAAGUCUGGAAAGUUCAUGAUCUGAUGGAGGGAAGCCAGGAAAAUGAAGACAAACAUUCAAGGCAAACUGAAUCCAUUAACAUCAAAACCCUGCCUGAAGGGAGAGAAUAUAUUAGUAGUGAUGGUAGCUAUGCAAGAAUGAAACCUGAUGAAUGUAGUGCUUGUGGGAGAUCACUUCUCCAUGUGAAGCUUGAAAAAACUCAUCUCGGAGAUAAACCUUAUGAAUUUAACCAAAACAGGGAGGCUUAUGCUCUAAAUGGAGAAAGUAUUUAUCAGAACAUUCACAUUUUGGAGAAACCCUUUGAAUAUAUCGAAUGCCAGAAAGCCUUUCAGAAGGAUACAGUGUUUGUUAACCAUAUAGAGGAGAAGCCCUACAAGUGGAAUGAAUCUGAAAUAGCCUUUCUCCAAAUGUCAAACCUCAGUGUGCACCCAACAACUCAUUUGGAAAUGAAACCCUAUGAGUGCAAUGCAUGUGGGAAAUCCUUCUGUAAAAAGUCCAAGUUUAUUAUCCACCAGAGGACUCACACAGGAGAGAAACCUUAUGAAUGUAAUCAGUGUGGGAAAUCCUUCUGCCAGAAGGGCACCCUCACUGUCCAUCAGCGAACACACACAGGGGAGAAGCCCUAUGAAUGUACUGAAUGCGGGAAAACCUUCUACCAGAAGUUACACCUCAUUCAACACCAGAGAACUCACUCAGGAGAGAAGCCCUAUGAAUGUAGCUACUGUGGAAAAGCCUUUUGCCAGAAGACACACCUCACACAGCACCAGAGAACACAUUCGGGAGAGAGACCCUAUGUUUGUCAUGACUGUGGAAAAACCUUCUCCCAGAAGUCAGCCCUUAAUGACCACCAGAAAAUUCACACAGGCGUGAAACUCUACAAGUGCAACGAGUGUGGGAAAUGCUUCUGCCGCAAGUCUACCCUCACCACACACCAGAGGACACACACGGGAGAGAAGCCCUAUGAGUGCAACGAAUGUGGAAAGUUCUUCUCUCGGCUGUCAUAUCUCACUGUGCAUUACAGAACUCAUUCAGGAGAGAAGCCCUAUGAAUGUAACGAGUGUGGGAAAACCUUCUACCUUAACUCAGCCCUCAUGAGACACCAGAGAGUCCACACAGGAGAGAAGCCUUAUGAGUGCAAUGAGUGUGGAAAGUUAUUCUCCCAGUUGUCGUACCUCACCAUACAUCACAGAACUCACUCAGGAGUGAAGCCCUACGAAUGUAAUGAAUGUGGGAAGACCUUCUACCAGAAUUCUGCCCUUUGUAGACACCGGAGGAUACAUAAAGGAGAGAAGCCCUAUGAAUGUUACAUAUGUGGGAAGUUCUUCUCGCAAAUGUCAUACCUCACGAUACAUCACAGAAUUCAUUCAGGAGAGAAGCCCUACGAAUGUAACGAAUGUGGGAAAACCUUCUGCCAGAAUUCAGCCCUUAACAGACACCAGAGGACACACACAGGAGAGAAAGCCUAUGAGUGUUACGAAUGUGGCAAAUUCUUCUCUCAGAUGUCGUAUCUCACUAUACAUCAUCGAAUUCAUUCAGGAGAGAAACCUUUUGAAUGUAACGAAUGUGGGAAAGCCUUCUCUCGGAUGUCAUACCUCACUGUACAUUACAGAACUCACUCAGGAGAGAAGCCAUAUGAAUGUACCGAAUGUGGGAAAAAAUUCUACCACAAAUCAGCCUUCAACAGCCAUCAGAGAAUUCACAGGAGAGGGAACAUGAAUGUACUUGAUGUGGGAAGGCUUCUCUGAAGUCAGAUCUCUCAUAACGUCGCAGAACCCUCUCCAUAUAAUG